ACGGCGGCCGUCCCUCGCGCCGGCAUGGCGGUGUGCGCUCGCCUCUGCGGUGUGGGCCCGUCGCGGGGAUGCCGGCGCCGCCAGCAGCGCCGGGGCCCGGCCGAGACUGCGGCGGCUGACAGCGAGCCGGACACGGACCCGGAGGAGGAGCGCAUCGAGGCGGGCGCGGCGGCUCUGUCCGGGGCGCUGGGCGGCCGGGGCGCGGGCCCCCAGUCGCCCCCGCGCUGCUCGCUGCUGGAGCUGCCGCCGGAGCUUCUGGUGGAAAUCUUCGCCUCGCUACCCGGCACCGACCUGCCCAGCCUGGCCCAGGUCUGCACCAAGUUCCGGCGCAUCCUGCACACCGACACCAUCUGGAGGCGGCGCUGCCGGGAGGAGUAUGGCGUUUGCGAGAACCUGCGGAAGCUGGACAUCACGGGCGUGUCUUGUAGAGACGUCUAUGCCAAGCUGCUUCAUCGGUACAGACACAUUCUGGGGCUGUGGCAGCCAGACAUCGGGCCCUACGGAGGACUGCUGAACGUGGUGGUGGAUGGCUUGUUCAUCAUUGGCUGGAUGUACCUGCCUCCCCAUGACCCUCAUGUGGACGACCCAAUGCGAUUCAAGCCCCUGUUCAGAGUCCACCUGAUGGAGAGAAAGUCUGCCACGGUGGAGUGCAUGUAUGGCCACAGAGGGCCCCACAACGGCCACAUUCAGAUUGUGAAGAAGGACGAGUUCUCCACCAAGUGCAACCAGACUGACCACCACAGGAUGUCUGGCGGGAGGCAGGAGGAAUUCCGAACGUGGCUGAGGGAAGAAUGGGGGCGGACACUGGAGGACAUUUUCCACGAGCACAUGCAGGAGCUCAUCCUGAUGAAGUUUAUCUACACCAGUCAGUACGACAACUGCCUGACCUACCGCCGCAUCUACCUCCCGCCCAGCCACCCGGAUGACCUCAUCAGACCCGGCCUCUUCAAAGGCACCUACGGCAGCCACGGCCUGGAGAUCGUCAUGCUCAGCUUCCAUGGGAAGCGUGCCAGGGGCACGAAGAUCACGGGUGACCCCAACAUCCCUGCUGGGCAGCAGACCGUCGAGAUCGACCUCAUGCACCGCAUCCAGCUGCCUGAUGUGGAGAGCCUCCGCAACUUCAAUGAGCUCUCCCGCAUCGUCCUGGAGGUCCGGGAGCAGGUGCGCCAGGAACAACAGCAGCAGGAGAACGGGCUCGAGGACGGUGGGGGCCGCGGCCGGCAGAGCCCCCGGGAGCCCCAGCGGGGCUCUGCCCAGCCCAGUGUGGAGCUGCCUGCCGAGAAGGUCGGGGAGCCUGGGGACGGAGAGGCUGCGGCUGCGGCUGCGGCUGCGCCUGCCCCUGAGCAGCCCGCCCAGUGCGGGCAGGGGCAGCCGUUUGUGUUGCCUGUGGGCGUGAGCUCGAGGAACGAGGACUAUCCCCGCACCUGCAGGAUGUGUUUUUACGGCACAGGCCUCAUCGCCGGCCAUGGCUUCACCAGCCCUGAGCGCACCCCUGGGGUCUUCAUCCUGUUCGACGAGGACCGUUUCGGGUUCAUCUGGCUGGAGCUGAAAUCCUUCAGCCUGUACAGCAGGGUGCAGGCCACCUUCCGGAAUGCAGAGGCGCCGUCCCCACAGGCCUUCGAGGAGAUGCUCAAGAACAUCCAGUCCCUGACCUCCUGAUGGGCCACUUUCUUGCGGGGCAGUUCCCGGGGCCCUGGACCUGGCACCUGGGAAAGGAAGCAGCAUGCACUUUGGAGAUUCGGCCUUCUGACCAGAACACCCACCUUGUAGGAGUCUCGGCCCAGCCACCCCAAGACUCUUUGUACAGAGUGUGUGACGUUUGCGUGUGUCCUCGUUCGGAGCUCGUGGGAAGGCUGACUGAGCACGUCUUA